CAAACACAGGCACGGCUUUCCAGAAGGAAUGGGUCAUGUAACGCAACAUUAAACCAUAUCGAUAUAAACAACAUUGCUUCGUUAGUGGGGAGGCAUCGGAUGCGAGGACGUUAGGUGCACCGGUGCGACCUAGGAAAAAUCUUAGUCGCACCCUUUCAAAUUUUGGUCGCAGUGUUUUAGAAUUUUCCAUUACCAGGCGGUUCGCUGCACUGUUUUACUUCUUACCACUUCAUAUAACCACACAACCACCUUCGUGGCUACUCACAUGAACAAAUGCAGGCAGAGUAGUGGAAAACUGAAAAUCCCAUACAAUAAUUCAAAUGUGUAGGAGACGUGCAGAGCUGAAAAUGAUGCGACGUGCUGGCUAAGAGUACAACAGAAUCAGCAGCAGUUGUUGUCAUCAGCACAGCUAGUCUAAAUUGAGCUAACACAGAUGCAUGCUCACCCAUACAAGACAGAACUUAGGGUUGUUGCUGCUCACAACGUGGGCGCAGGGUGCUCCUGAACUGCUGGCCAUGCCCUGUCCAUGAGUUCAUGUGGCUUCUCAGAAGGCUACAAAACAGAUACUGUACGCUUUUAGAUAAACUAGGUGGUGGGUCCCCCGGCUGCAGGGGCUUUUCAGGAGCGCCCUUCUAAACCAACCGCCUUUCGCAAGUUCUACGAGCGUGGAGAGUUCCCGAUGGCACUGGAGCAUGACACCAAAGGCAACCGCAUUGCAUGGAAGGUGGAGAUUGAGAAGCUGGACUACCACCACUAUCUGCCUCUGUUCUUUGAUGGCUUAUGCGAGACUGUUCAUCCGUAUGAGUUCUUCGCCCGCCAGGGAGUCCAUGACAUGCUGGAGCAUGGAGGCCCCAAGAUCCAGCCUGUCAUUCCCCAGCUCAUCAUCCCCAUCAAGAAUGCGCUGAAUACGAGGAACCGUCAGGUGAUCUGCACCACUUUGAAAGUCCUGCAGCAUCUGGUGAUGUCUGGAGACAUGGUGGGAGAGGCUCUGGUGCCCUACUACAGACAGAUCCUGCCCAUUCUCAACAUCUUCAAGAACAUGAACGUCAACUCUGGUGAUGGCAUCGACUACAGCCAGCAGAAGAGAGAGAACAUCGGGGACCUGAUCCAGGAGACUCUGGAGGUCUUUGAGCGCUACGGAGGAGAGGAUGCCUUCAUAAACAUCAAAUACAUGGUGCCCACCUACGAGUCCUGCAUGAUCAACUGAGGAGGAGGGGUGCGGGGGGGGUGUCCCCCUGACAUUGCACAGACUAUUGACUUUAUCUGUUUGUCAGUCCUUCUUUAUCUGCCCCCCCAACUCUAAAUAGAACACUUAUUUUAUCCCUUUCUUCUUCACUCCAUCAUUCUCUUUUUGUGUCAGAAGAGUACCAUAUCCUUUUAUUGUCCUAUUAAAUGUAUUACUAGUGAUACUUUCUGUAACUGUGUAUUUAACACUAUCACUUGUUAAUACCAAUAGAAGCUUGACAGAACAAACGUGCCCCAUUGAAAUACACCAAUAUGCCUAAUAUUGUA